AUGACGUCCUCUGGCUGUCCCAGCUCCUGGCUCUGUGAGGGAAAGCAGGAUUCUGCUAUGCAGAGCAGAGCUCAGAGGAAAAAACCAGGACCAGAACCACAACCCAGUUGUGUGUCCUUUAAAAGUGACCAGUCAAUGGGCAGGUUUAUUGAUUUCAGACAGGAUUUUUCAUCCGACAAACAGAUCCUUCAGAGACUCAGACCUGGAUCUGAACCUGGACCUGAACCUGGACCUGAACCUGGACCUGAACCUGGACCUGAACCCAGCUGUGUGUCCAUGAAGAGUGACUGGUCAAUGAUAGAUCCCAUUAACUUCAAACCAGCCCAUCAUCCAUCAUUUGAGAUAGUGGAGCAUCAGGGCUCAGAGGUUCCCAGUGCUCAGUCUAGCCAGCAGCAUCCAACACAGCUGGACUCCAUCUUUAUGCUGCUGGAGGACAACAUGCUAAUUUUUGUGAAAGAGGAGCUGAAGAGGAUGCAGAGGGCUCUGAGUCCAGAUGACCCACAAUGCUUAGAGAGUCAGAGGGAGGAUGAGGAUGCAGAGCAGAUGAGCAGCAGAGAGGCACUAGUGAAGAUCACAGUGCACUUCCUGAGGAGAAUGAAGCAGGAGGAGCUGGCUGAGCGUCUGAGGAGCAAACAUUGUGCUGCAGUUUGUGGACUGGUCAAAGCCUCAAAGAAAGCUCUGCUCAGUGACUGUAACCUCUCAGAAAGAAGCUGUGAAGCUCUGUCCACAAUUCUCAGCUCUCAGUCCUCCAGUCUGACACAUCUGGACCUCAGUAACAACCAGCUGGAGGAUUCAGGAGUGAAACAUGUUUCUGCUGGAGUGGAAAGUCCAAACUGCAGACUGGAAACACUAAGACUGGAAACACUCAGCCUGUCCAGCUGUGGGAUCUCGGAAGAAGGCUGUUCCUCUCUGGCCUCAGCUGUGACCUCCAAUCCCUCCCAUCUGAAGGAGCUGGACCUGAGCUCCAACCAUCCAGGAGAUUCAGGUGUGAAGCUGCUGAUGGCUGCUCUGAAGGAUCCACACAAACUCAGACUUGCAGAUUGUGGACUGUCAGAGAGUGUCUGUGAAGCUGUGGCCUCUGCUUUAAAGUCCAGCCCCUCCCAUCUGAAAGAACUGGACCUGAGUAGAAAUGAACUGAUGGAUUCAGGAGGGAAACAUCUUUCUGCUGGACUGGAAAGUCCAAACUGCAAACUGGAGACUCUGAGAUUGCUGGACUGCAGGUUGUCCGACAUCAGCUGUGCUUCACUGGUAUCAGCUCUGAGGUCCAACCCCUCCAACCUGAAAGAACUGGACCUGAGCCAGAACAACAUCUCUGACUGUCUGAUGGAGGAGCUGAGCAGCUUACUGCAGAGUCCACUUUGUGGACUGAAGACUUUGAGAUUGAUGGACUGCAGAUUACUGAAGACUCUGAGGUUGGAGGGCUGCAGGUUGUCACAGAUCAGCUGUGCUUCUCUGAUCUCAGCUGUGAUGUCCAACCCCUCCCAUCUGACAGAACUGGACCUGCGUUCCAACAGACUGAAGGAUUCAGAUGUUCAACAGCUGUUGGAUCUUCAGCAGCGUCCACACAACAAACUGCAGACUCUGAGAUGGUGGUGGUGA